UUGAGAGUAGAAGAGCAGGUGCCAGUGGGAUGCUCGACCGACGGGACAGCAAACGUCGUCGGGAGGGGGGCAGGCGGAGUAGACUGCGUCGCCCGGGGGUCUUCUGAUGGGAUGUGUGUCACCGGAGGGGGGGUAGGCAGACGGAUAGUCUAUGCCAAGUGAGCCACCGAUGGAGGAGAGAUUGUCACCGAUGGGAGAGCCGGCAGACAAGUGGUCGAUGCCUGGGAAGGAUUGCAAGAGACAGGGGGACAGUGUUCAGGUGGGGGAGGGCCCGGCUGUCGCGGAGGAAGAAGUGGGAGUAGAAGGGUCAGGUCCCGUGGAGCGAGGGGCCGGUCGAGUAAAGCAGCUAACGUUGGGGCAGUUGUUUUUGGAGACGACGGGGUGGAGAGGCAGAAGGCGGUCGGGAGGCACGAUCCUGACGUUCCGUCCGCAUAAGGUGGGUGGUCUGGAGGUCCUCAAUGGUGAAUUGGGAGGGGUCGAGAGAGGCAGUGUCGAAGUUUUCAUCGGAGGUGGGUGGAGUGGUGUCGUUAUGGAAAAAGCGGGGGCAGGAGGGAGCGGGCGCGGAUUGGUGAUGGGGGUGGAGUCGUCGAUCGUGGUGAAGCAUGCGAGAGAGGAGGUCAGCAAGGGGCAUGUCGGGUUCGUGGGCGAGGGCGGUUGCAAGGUCUUUGUGGCAUACUCGUUUGAUGCGGGAGAUGAACGCAAAGUCGGGAAUGACGGUGGUGGGGAGGUGGUGGCGGAGGGAGCAGACAUAUUGGACGAAGCGGUCCUGAGAAGGUUGGCCCAUUGGAGGAAGGAGUGGCGUGGUCCUCCGGAGGCUCGGCGGUUGCUGACUUCAGCCAUCCACCAUUUGGAGUCGAUCGUGGUGAAGCAUGCGAGAGAGGAGGUCAGCAAGGGGCAUGUCGGGUUCGUGGGCGAGGGCGGUUGCAAGGUCUUCGUGGCAUACUCGUUUGAAGCGGGAGAUGAACGCAAAGUCGGGAAUGACGGUGGUGGGGAGGUGGUGGCGGAGGGAGCGGACAUAUUGGACGAAGCGGUCCGUGGGACCGGUCUGGCGGAGGUGGCAGAAUUGUUCAAGGUAGUCAUCAAUGGUUUUUUGGGGGCGAAAGGUGGCAGUGAGAAGGUUGGCCCAUUGGAGGAAGGAGUGACGUGGUCCUCCGGAGGCUCGGCGGUUGCUGACUUCAACCAUCCACCAUUUGGCGGCAUUGCCGAGGAGGUGGGAGGUGGCAAUGGGGAGCCAGUGGGCAAGGGCCAUGUGGUGGAGGGGAAAAGAGUUCUGGAGAUGGGAGGUGGGGGGAACGAAACGGAGGUGGAGGUUGAAGGGUUGGUGGAUGUGGUGGAUGUGGUGAAUGUGGUGGUAGGAGUGGAGGUUGGCAGUGGGGUGUUGCUGGAGGCGGCUGUGGAGGAGGGAGUGGUUUGCGCUGUGGAGGAGGGAGGUGCGGCCGUGGUGACGACCGUGAUGGAGGGGUUGUCCCCUUCGAGCAUGGUGACGCAGUCGGAUAUGGACGACAUGGUGGCCUUUAUGUCGUCCAGAGAGGCGGUGACGGAGGUUUGGAAGGUGUUGAGUGCGUGGAGGAUGGUGGAGAGGUCGGGGGUGGCGGUGUUUGCUGGUGGUUGUUCGCCUGCGAGGUUGCGGGUGAUGCUAUCGACCGAGUCGGUGCGGAUGUCAGACAUGUUGAUGGAGGAUGCGGUCAUGUCGGGGGAAGAGGGGGUGGAGGACGCGGCCGGAACGGAUGUGGAGGAUGCCGCAGCAGCGGUGGAGGCGGCAGCAGCGGCGGCGCGUUGGGAGUUCGUGGUUUGGCGUGGUGGCAUGUGGAGAUGGGGGGGACAAUUCCCAUUUACAAGAAUAGAGCAUAAAUUAAUUUGAAUUUAUUCGAAACUGAUUCGCGAGUGUAUAUUUCAAGAAAAUACGAAAGCAAAAUUUUCAGGAAUUUCCAAAUGAAGAAAAAGAAUAAUUCAUUCCGAGAAAAAUAAAUUCUGACGAAAUUUAUUCGGAUUUACGUUCGGGGUAAAAUUUUAUAAUUUCGAAAAGGGGAGAUGAAUUCCGAGUAAAAGAGAUUAAUUCAG